AUGACAGAACCUACCAAAGAUCAAAUACAGAUAGUCUUUAAGAAACUUAAACAAAACCGUUACAAUAAAGCUUGCUUUGACUGUAGUGCAAAGAACCCCAACUGGGCUUCUGUUUCUUUUGGUGUUUAUAUCUGUACAGACUGCUCUUCAGCUCAUCGCAACUUGGGCGUUCAUAUAAGCUUUGUCAGAUCCACCGUGCUUGAUUCUUGGAGCUGGGAGCAACUCCGUAUGAUGAAAGUAGGUGGCAAUCAAGCUGCCUCUGAAUUUUUUUCCAAGCAUGGAGGCAUUUCAUCUUUUGGAAAUGAUGCACGCAUGAAAUAUUCUAGCAGAACAGGCCAACAGUAUAAAGAAUUGCUUGUUAAAAGAACAGCUGAGGAUGCAACUGCUCAUCCUAAUACUGUCGUGAUUGAUAUCAAUGAUGGUGUUCCUACUGCUGCUCAACCUGAAACUGAGUCUGUUGAACCAGUAUCUACUCCUACACAACCAGAGAUAAAAGAGUCUGUUCAAGAAAAGAAAGAAGAACACGUUGUUGAUGAUAAAAGUAAAAACCAGGAACAAAGACCUGCUGCAACAGUCAAAGCAGCUAGCGCACGCAGUGUUCGCUCUACAAUCACUGCACGUCCAUCUCGUAAGACAGGCAAGGCAUCCAAAUUAGGCGCUAAAAAAGCUCCUGUCAACUUCAAUUUUGAGGCAGCCGAAGCACAAGCUAAACAAGAUAUGGAGCGUAAGAUGAAGUAUGGAGAAGAGGAACAAGAAGAAGAAGAAGAACAGAAAGAAACUACAAAAGACACUGAUACUUUUGUCAAACCAUUGUCUUCUCGAUUGGCUUAUGUCGAUAACAAGGAAGAUAAAUAUGAGAAACUUGGAUUUGGCAUGAAUCGUUUAAACAUGAACGAAAACACAAACAAAGUCUCAAUGCCUGCUCAAAAGUCAUAUCAUUCUUCUGAAGAUGAUUCACGAUCUGCCCAAGAAAAGUUUGGUUCUGCCCGUGCCAUUUCUUCAGACCAGUAUUUUGGUAGAAAUGAAUAUGACCCUGCUAUCUCAGCUGCAGAAUCAAGUCGACUCUCUCAAUUCACAAGUGCUAAAGCUAUUUCAUCUGAUCAGUAUUUUGGUAGGGAAUCUGAUUUAGAUACUCGUACAACCAAUGACACAGUACAUUUGGGUGACUGGGAUAAUGUGCAAGAUCAAGCAGUAGCUAUGGCUAGGAAGUUUGUGGAUCAAGCUGCUUUAGAUUUGGAUGCUGUAAAAGAUUUAGCAGAGACAGCAACAAGUCGUGUUCGAAAUUACUUUAACGCAUAA